AUGAGCGAGGCGCUUAGAAGCGGGGCGGGCGCGGAUUUGCCGCAUUUGCCGCCAUUCUCCACUUUCGGCGACAUGGCCGAAAACGAGCAGAGGAUCCUGACGGCGGACGGGCGGCUCCUGGACCCAGGGUGGGAGUACUACGAGCGGACAGGCGAUUCGGUCUCGGUCAUCGCCAGCCAGCCGCAGUAUCGGCCGUGGGAGUCAAUGCCCAUCACGGUCAACUCGAAGGACGCGAUCCUACGCGCGGGCUUCUCUUCACCACUCGACACGUACCAGUCGGUCACGCUGCAGCCGAUACCGAACAAGCUGCCGUCCUUUCAGAGCCAGUUCCAGACUUUCCCCGAGACGACCGUCAUACCGGAGACGGGGCUGCCGAGCGUGACCCCAGUGCCGGUGACCGCCAGCCCCACGCCGAGCGCGAGUCCUAGUCAGUUAACACAGCUCACGCAACUCACUACGGCGUCGUCACCGCACCUGACAACGCUCGCUCAGGUCACCCCGCUCUCGACCACCCUCACCACACUGUCGCCAGUCAACGCGACAACAUUCCACACGCUGACAGCGGUGAACGCCAGAAGCUACCCAAUCGUACCAGCGCCGCUGCAGGCCAGAGAACUCGCCCCGGCGGGUCAGGCGUAUAUAGACGACCGACACAUCCAGCUGUAUCAGCCAAACAUUGCAACGAUCAACGCAUUCCCAACCCAAAAUGGCAUCCUCCACCAGAACGGGACGCUGCUCCAUCAGAACGGGAGCCUGAUACAGAACAUCCAGAGCCCGACAGUGGUCCACGUGCUGAAGAACGAGCCGUUCGACAUGAAAUCGCUGCAGGACAAGUACACGCCGAACGGCCUCCACCACACCAACUUCCAGAACCCAAUGCUGCUGGACAACGGGUACGAUAAGAAGUCGAACGGUUUCGGGAGCGCGUCCUCGCCGACGAGGUCGGACUUCCGGAAGAAGGAGCGACGGAAAAUGCGCGCGAACAGCUCAGAGUCUGACGGGUCCAAUAUGGAGGUGGGCUCGGAGAGUAGUGGUCAGGUCGCGGCCAUUUCCUCUACGGCGGGCUUCAAGUCUCCGAUGCACGGAGCCCCGCCCAUGACGACCGGACCCAUGGAGUUGGACGACAUAUCCAGCGAGAAACAGUGCUUCCCGUCGCAGACUAAGAAGAAGCGGAAGCGAUGCGGGGAGUGCAUCGGUUGCCAGCGAAAGGACAACUGCGGAGACUGCGCGCCCUGCCGCAACGACAAGUCCCACCAGAUCUGCAAACAGCGGCGGUGCGAAAAGCUCACCGAGAAAAAGAUUACCGCCAUCUUGUCCUGCCGUGCCGACAUGGUGUUCCGCGGAAUUGUAAAAUGGCCGCGGAAG